AUGGGGGGCUUUGAGGAGGAGGAUUGGGAGGAGAUGCUGGAGGAGUUUGGCGACCCCUUUGAGACCGGAGCAGAUCUUCCGCCUCCUGUUGAGAGGCCCUUGGCACAGGUCUUUGAUUUCAUCGAGGUCUGUGGUGGCAGUGGGGUUGUUUCGGAGCAAAUGGCAAUGUUGGGCUAUACAGUCGGCCCCAUCAUCGACCUCUCCUACUCGCCACACUAUGACAUGACAAAGACAAGGACCUUGGAGUGGCUGCUGUACUUGGUGCAAUCAGCAAGAGUUCGUGCUUUGAUGCUGGAGCCGCCUUGUACCACUUUUUCAGCAGCAGCACAUCCCAUGGUGAGGUCCUACAAGAGCAAGAUGGCCUGGUUGACAGAGUGGGCCUACCUAUUGAGCCUGGAGGGGGUUGCGGAGACUUUCACAGCCUCAUGUUCCUUUGGAAGCCCUUUCCAAAAGGAGUUCCGGUUCUUGACAGCCAACAUGCAGCCACAUGAAAUUUGUCAUCCUUGCACCCGAGAUCAUGAGCACGUUCGUAUAGAGGGAGCGCUGACAAAAGGUUCGGCAGUUUACUGUCCUGCACUGGCAGCCUCUCUUGCAAAGCUCUUCCACAAGCACUUACGAGCUGAAUCAAAAGCAUUGAACAGGGUCGACAUCAAGACUACAGGUUUGGAGGGCUUGCUCACAAAUGAGCUGGCAAAGAAAGCCUGCUGGGAGGUGUCGUCAUCGUGGAAAUGGAAGGGAAACUCCCAUAUCAACAUCUUGGAGCUUGCUAGCCUUUUCCAGGCUAUGAAGAAGGCGGCCCGAAGAGGUGGCGGCCGCUUCUGUUUCCUCCUGGACUCCUACGUGGCUUUGCGCGCAAGCUCAAAAGGGCGGUCAUCAUCUCGUGCACUAGCGCCGCUCCUUCGCAAGACCUUUGCCCUUAGCCAGGCUUUUGCUGUGUACGCGGCGGGAUUGUUUUGUCCCACUCGUCUCAACCCGUCAGAUGACCCGACUCGAGAUGUGCCACUUCGAACUCCACAGAGUGACUCUUGCUUCAUGGACUUCUUGGAUUUCAAUGGACUUUACUCAAUGGCUGCCAUGCCAAAGCUUCGUCGCUGGGCCUCGAAUUGGGCCAGCUUGACCCUGGCGGUGUUGCUAGCUUUGAGCCAUGGCAUGCGCCCCCGGCAUACUGCAGAUGAAAGCAGGGCUCUGGCCCGCGUCGAGAAGCCGUUAGAGUUUGGUCGCCCAGUUCAACAGUCCACUAAAACAAACAGAGACCGGUUGCUGCAAUGUUUUUCAGAUUGGUUGAGAGAGCGUGGUGUUUUGUUGCAACAGCUUUUGAACCUAGCGCCAAAGGAGCCGGAGCAGCUGAUUCAUCUGCUGACAAGGUACGGCAUUGAUUUGUACACCUCAGGCCGACCAUACAGCCACUACGCCGAGACCAUAAACAGCAUUGGAGCUCAGCAACCGGGGGUCCGUCGGCUUCUUAGUGGGGCCUGGGACCUGGCUUUCAGCUGGCUCCGCGAGGAGCCCUAUGAGCACCACGUUGCCUGUCCGUACCAGGUCAUGCUUGCAGCAACUACUCUAGCUAUUGUUUGGGGUUGGCCCCGGGUCGCAGGUGCAAUCCUACUUUCCUGGGGAGCUAUAUGCAGGAUAGGUGAGGUGGUGGCAGCAAAGCGCUCAGACCUGGUUUUGCCGGUGGAUACCGGCGGAGCAUUGUGGACAGUGAUGUUGAGGGUCGGCGAACCGAAGACCCGCUUCCGUGCCGCAAGGCACCAGUUGGCACGGCUAGAUUGGCAGGACCUUGUUGGAGGGCCACUUGGGCGUCCCCUAGACCUAGGUAGCCUGAGAGCAGGUGGUGCAACUCACUUGCUCAUGGUCACGGAGGAUUCAGAGCUGGUCAGAAGGAGAG